AUGCGCUCAAGCAACAAGUCCUACACCAGCAUCAACGAGAGUAGUGGGAGAGGGAAUGAGGCGAGAGAGGCAAUCCCGUGGUAUUGGCGCGUCAUAGCUCUCGCGGCUUCUUGGAUGAUACUGGGAGGCUACCUCAUACUUCCCGGGCUUUAUGCAAAAGAUGCGAAGCUAAGAUUCAGCGAGGCCGUAUUGUCAGUCUUUGUCGUCGCACUUCUUACCGCCGGCUACUCGUUCACGGCCCUACUUUGCUUUGCAUGUCGCAAUGACCGCUUCCAAGCCGAUGGCGUCUUCUUGCCCGCCCUCACGUCUUCUGUCCUCGGCCUCGUUUCGAUAGCCUACAACUUCCUCUCGUCACGCGCAUACGAUUGGGGUACUGCUGCCAUAUCUGGCACAGCUCUCAGCACCGUCACUACUCUCUUGUACGCUGUCCUCUUACUCUGGAAGUAUCGCCGGAUGGCCAAGACAAAGGAGCACGUAGAGCAGCGCUCCAACCUCUGGUCAGAACAGUCAUACUAUAGUAACUUUGUCGCCAACAUGUAUCCCACCGCUACACGCUCGCCCUCGCAACCGUUCGAAACUGCGUAUACCGAAGAGGACCGCGUAAAACAACAGAUGGCUCUUCUACUUCACAAGUCAGAUGCUCGUCCCAGUCCUGAUUUGAACAGCACAUUCAGGAUAGACCUUCCAGAGGACCGGGAGCAGCAGGAAAGAAUCUUGAACAGCCAGGAGCUAGUAGGUACACCGGCACAAGCGCAUCGCAAUCGAACAGACAGCCGACCCGAUAGUCUCGGCGAAAACCAAGCAUGGCAACAGUGGCAAGACCGCGGACGAAGCACGAUUCGGGCCUCAAGUAGCGGUGGUACCAGCAGUCAAUCUAGAAACCUCAGUCGAGAAGAGCGGAGACGGGAGAUUGAACUGGGCCAGUUGAAUGUCUGAAGUCCUCGACGGCACAAUUUCCAUCCGCAUCGUAUUGUAAAAAUAACACGCAUUUUCAGCGCACAUGGGUAGCGACGGUGUUUCUGGUUCGGUGUCUACGGAGUUUCUCAUGGCGGAUACCUUUGCACGUCCAUGUUUUCGUUUUUUGGGAUCUCUGGGGCCAUAUUUUUGAACCAUGUACAUGUUAACAUGGCUAUUUUUCUUAUUUUGAGACUACAACUGCAGCUGAAUAUACGCUAUUUUUGCGCGUUC